AUGAAGCCGCCUGUGCUAACCGCUCCUGUUCAUGGACGCCCACUAAUCCUCUAUAUCUCCGCCCAAGACAAUUCUGUGGGCGCCUUGCUUGCUCAGGAAAACGACAAGGGGAAAGAGAAUGCUCUCUACUAUCUCAGUAGAAUGAUGACCCCGAACGAGUUAAAUUACUCCCCGAUUGAAAAGCUAUGUUUGGCACUUGUGUUCGCCAUAAAAAAACUUAAGCACUACUUCGAGGCUCAUACCAUCCGGCUUGUUUCCAAAGCGAACCCGGUGAAAUAUGUUAUGGCGAAGUUUGUCAAGGGGCAAGCCUUGGCCGAUUUCCUGGCAGACCACCCAAUACCUGCUGAAUGGGAGUUGUCUGACGAUUUGCCUGAUGAAGAUGUGCUUGUCAUUGAAGUCCUACCCCCAUGGAAGAUGUACUUUGAUGGAGCUUCGCAUAGAGAAGGGGCAGGAGUUGGAGUUGUCUUCGUCACUCCAGAAGGCGAGGUGUUGCCAUAUUCAUUCACCUUGACCGAGCAAUGUUCAAACAACGUUGCUGAGUAUCAAGCAUUGAUACUUGGGCUCGAAAUAGCGGCUGACAUGAAGCAACUGAGAAUUAACAUUUAUGGAGAUUCAAAGUUGAUCAAAAACCAAGUGUUGGGUCUAUAUGAAGUGAAAAAGGCAGAGUUAGUCCCAUAUAACAACUAUGCAAAGAUACUAAUGCAAUGGUUAGGGGAUUGGGUAGUUCCACCAAUCUUCAAUGAAGACGGCUCAGUUGAUGAAACUGUUGAACUCCCUACUGCUUCAGUGUAUGAUAUUGGCAAAGACGACUGGAGGCAAUCGCUAAUUGACUACCUCACUGAUGGAAAGUUACCCGAAGAUCCACGUAGGAGGGUGGAUAUAAAGCGUCGAGCUGCUCGCUUCAUCUACUAUAAAGAGACGAUGUAUCGUCGUUCAUUCGAGGGAGUAUUUCCCCGAUGCCUAGGGGAAGAGGAAGCUUUACAAGCUAUGCAAGAAGCUCAUUCUGGGGUUUGCGGUGCACAUCAAUCCGGUCCCAAGUUGCACUUCCAUAUUAAGCGAAUGGGUUAUUAUUGGCCUACAAUGGUAAAGGAUUUCAUAGAUUAUGCUCGAAGGUGUCAGGCUUGUCAAUAUCAUGCAAACUUUAUUCAUCAGCCACCAGAACCUCUACACCCAACAGUUGUGUCUUGGCCAUUUGAUGCUUGGGGACUUGAUGUGGUUGGCCCAAUUACGCCUAAGUCAUCUGCAGGGCAUGUAUACAUACUAGCUGCCACCGACUACUUUUCAAAGUGGGCUGAAGCCGUGGCAUUGAAGGAGGUGAAGAAAAAAAAUGUUGCAGACUUUCUCCGUGUCCACAUCGUCUAUCGAUUUGGUAUCCCGCGAUAUAUCUUAACAGAUAAUGGGAAGCCCUUUGACAACAAGUUGAUGGACAAGAUCUGCAAGCUUUUUGACUUUAAGCAGCGAAACUCGUCAGCUUACUAUGCAGCUGCGAAUGGGUUUGCUGAAGCUUUUAACAAGACCCUAUGCAAUUUGUUGAAGAAAGUGGUCUCAAAAUCGAAAAGGGACUGA